AAGAUCACCGGACAGCAUUUAUAACCUCAGAGCGCUCCGUGGCGCGUGCAUUAGACACUCCGGUGAUGGCUGAGCUCGAGGCAGAAUCGCUUCAUUUCUCCGUGGGCAUCCUCGGUAUCUCCGGCGGUUCUCUACUGCUGCUGGUGAAUAACUAUGGCAGCUCUCCUGAAAAAUCCCUCAUCCCCCAUACUGCACUGGGGGUUCUACUGCUUAUCAUCGCUGCCCUCUUGGCCUACUCUGGUGUGCGACGCAGCUUGUCCCAGUCCCGUUUGUUCUCCAGUGUGUGUCUGACAGUGUCGGCCCUUUGGGGUGGAUCCGGCCUGGUCUACCUGCUGGUUGGGGAGAGGGUGUUGGGGGCCACAGAGCUGAGGACCUCUCUGGUCCCUGGUCUUGCAGCCUUCACCCUGGCCCUCCUCAUCCUGGCUAUAGUCUCGCUCUUCCAGAGAGAGGUGGUCUUCUUUAUCAUCACCCUCUCUAUCAGUCUGGCUUGUGGGCAUCAAAUCGCCGGUCUCUCCUCCCCGAGCUUCGGCCAGUCUGCCACCGCCGCCUGCUACCUGCUGGUCACUCUGGUGGGGGCGUACUUCGGCUGUGGCCGCCUGCUCUCCUUUAUCACCCGAGGUAGAGUGGAGGCUCCUGGGACACGGCUGAAGAAGAGGAGGGCUGGGGGUCAGGGGGUCAGAGGUCCAGAGGACUGUAACGACGUGGUACCUGUAGGCCUGGUGAUGAACCUCCUGUCUGCCAGUGUGUUAGCCUGCCCCCUACUGGCCGUGGUUCCUCAGCUCUCUGCGGGUCACGUCCCCUGGCUAUGGACGGCUGCUGUAUUCCAGCUGGGGGUGUGUGUCCUCUCCUACAGGGCCAUGGACUCUCUGACAGCCACCUUCUAUGGCUUCACCUCCAUCCUACACUUCACUGAGGGCUACAGCGCUCUCCUCACAGCUCCCUCCUUCUCCAUCCUCCCCUCCUCCCCAGUCCCCUUCCCCGUUGUCUUCUCUGUUCUGUUCUUCAUCCUGGCUCUGUUCAGUUGUCAGAAGAGUCUAGCUGAGGGUCUGUAUCAGCUGUUCUUCGUAGCGUAUACCAUCGCCCUCGCCGCGCAGCCAUCCCUGUCCUUCCAGGCCGGGGCGCAGGGUGUACAGGCAGCAAUCUUUGUCGUGUCAGCUGUGAUGCUACUGGUCACCUCCUACAACAUGUUAGCCAAUAGGAUCCCUACAGGGGAGGGCAUGUUCAAGGCUUUGGUGAUGCGUGUCAGCAACCUGACGCUCCGCCCCCGUGACAGACAGCUCCACGACCCUUACCUGGGCUACUCCAGGUAUGCUGACGCCGAGGUGUUGGGCCACGCCUGCUCCGUGCUCGCUGCCUUCUCCAUCACGUCGUCCGUGGAGGAGCGGGACCCGCUGGCUGUGCUGGUGCUCCCUUGGACUGUGGUGGCUGGGGGCAUCCUACAGUUGCUGGUUGGCUCUGUAGCCUUCUCCCGAGGUAAGACACUGGAGAGCACGGCAUUCAUCCUGUACGGUGUCAUGUGGUCUGUCUGGGGGCUGACGCGGUACGGAGGUCUCUACGGUGACACCCGAGGUUUCAACGUAGCGGUCGGCAUCAUCAGCUUCCUGUUGUUCAACAGUCUGGUGACGGUGGGAGCUCUGUUCCUGAACAUAGCCUGGUUCCUCUACGCCGCGACCUUUCACCUCAUUAUCAUCUCCUUUCUGCUGGAUGCCGUCGGAGCACUGCCUUAUGGGUACGAUAUCGGCGUGUCUAUCGUGUUCGGCCUGGUGUCUUUCUACUGCUUCCUGUCUGGUCUGUUCAACAUGACCUUCCUGACCCCCCAGUUGCCCCUGGGAAGGGCCCUGGUUAGGCUGAGCGGGGAAGGAGGAGGAGGGCGGGACACCUGUCCACAUGUCCCGGCACGCAAGGCCACCGCUGUUCACCAGAUAGCAGAGAUCAUGAAGAGUGGGGGUAUAUGUGGGAUGCCCACUGACACAGUCUAUGUACUGGUGGCAGCCUGUAACAGACCUGAGGCUGUGGAGAAGGCAUACAGGUGUAAGCAGCAGGCCCAGGACCGGCCCAUGUCUCUGUGGGUCUCCUCUAUAAACCAGUUAGAACCGGUCAGAUCCCUGCUGUCUCCUCUGCUCUGGGACUUCAUGAGCGCUGCAUGGCCCUCAUCUAUCAGCAUGGUCAUACCCAGGGGCCCGUGGAUGGAGGUGUUUGGUCUCGGGGAAUCAGCUAAACACAUUGGAACCCCUCAGAGCAUCGCUAUCAGGAACCCAGACUGUGCAGUAGCUACUCAUCUUAUCAACCUGGUGGGUCCCAUCGCUGUGACGUCAGCCAACCCCACAGGAGAAGCAGACACAACACACCACAACCAGGUGUACGCCAAGCUGGGAGACAAGGUGGAUGGUGUGUUGUGUGAUGGGCCGUCCCCUGAAAACAGUGCCUCCACUGUGGUCGACUGCACCAAGAUAGAGAGCGGCCAUAUUGGAUUCUUCAGAGUGGGCCUCAUCCCCAAGUCCCAGGUGCUCCAGAUCUUUGAAGACAUCCAGAAAAGGCACUCCCAUGGCCAGAUAAACCCUGGAUUUGAAACAGACCUCACAGAGCCUGGCCCUAACCUGACAGACCCUCAGAGACACACAGAACAACACAAUACACAGUCCCCAGAAUCCUCUCCAGUUCCACCAGCCACCCAGUCUCCUGCCUACAUAGACACCUCUCCACAUCCAUCAGACUCCCCAAGCUACCGCCCCUGGGUCCUGACAACUACUGAAGACUCUUAGUUACUGUCUUAGUUUAGAACAUGUAGAAAGUGUAACAUAAACUGUCUUAUUUUAGCUUUCAUGUUUUUUAGGUGGAAAUUAGGCGGUGUUCCCUGAAUAACCACAACACAGCAAGGAAAUGAAUAUUUAAGACAAACAGUAUUUAUGUAUGUUUAAAUGUAUAUUAAAGGCAACAUCUCUUUCUCUGCUGUUUGGUAAUUACAGAACCUUCUCUCACCACAGAGCGGUGUCUUGUGUAAAUAUUGGGUUCAUUCUAACUAUGUAUUCGGGUUGUAACUCUACAGUUGCUAUGGAGACAGAUAGUUGUCACAUACAUACUGUGUUCUCUGUAAUGGAGUUGUAUUAAAGAAACCUGUUGCCAUCCACAAA